UCCUCUUCCCCAACCCCUCCAUUAUAUAAGAGAAAGAUCAGAGCUGCUUGACAAACACUCACACCUAGCAAACAGCUAUAUACAACCAGGUGGGGAUCUCCAAUCCACCAGCAUACCGUACUGAUCGCUCUCUCCUCAUAUCAUUCAGACAUCGUCCAAGACUGUUUGUCCUAGUGAUCGGAACCAGAGCGGCGGCGGCGGUGACGAUGAGCAGGAACAACGGCAAGGCGUCGAAGCUGGAGUUCCUGAGGCUGGGCCUGUCGAGGGCGAGAGGCGGGCCUUCAACGACGACCACGACGACGGCGCGCCCGGGCGGGGACAGCGGCAACGGCAACGGCAGCACGACGUCGCCGCACCGGGUGUCGUCGUCGUCGUCGUCCACGGCGUCGCCGCCGAGCUCGUGCGUGUCGUCCGAGGGCAGCCCGCAAGCGGCCGCGGCGCCGCCCGGCGGCGGCGCGGCGCCCAUGGUCCUUGCCGGGUGCCCGCGGUGCAUGAUGUACGUGAUGCUGUCCCGGGAGGACCCCAGGUGCCCCCGGUGCCACAACGCCGUGCUGCUCGACUUCAACGACGGCGAACAGCGCCAUCCGCGGCAGCGCCGGUGAAACCGUGCACAAGUGACCGAGCUGAACGAUCGGAUAGGCAGCUGCUGAGCUGAGUUCUUGCCUUCACGUCAUCGUCUUCGUCAUCAUAGUCGUAGCUUAUAGUUUCCUAUUCCCCGUCGAGCUUGUUUCGAUCACCAAGGAAUUAUUGCAUAGACCUGUUUCUACCGCGCUGUCAAAGCCUCAAAGGGAUCGGUCUAGGUAAUAAUUUCGUGUUUUCUUAGGUAAUAAUUUCGUGUUCUUAGUAUGUGCUGUGCUGUUGAGAAUCAAGUGCAUCAAGUCUGUUCUGCGAUGAGCAUUGUUCGAUUUUAAUUGGAGUUACACUCUUGUCCUAUCA